AUUUCCUUAAUUUCUAUAGAAGAUAUGUAUUCUCUCCACAGACCGUAAACAUCCUAAGGCAUCGAAAAUAAACAACACCAAGUGAGAACGAGGGGGGGAACAUAACCACGCAGGCUAUUUAUUAAGUGCACAGCUAGGUAACGUCCUGAUGUCGUUGAGUCGCUAAAACUCCUUGAGCUACCCAAGGCCUCACAGCAACAUGCCAUUUGACAAGACUCGCUGGGAAACGUACAAGUACAUUCUGCUCGAGCUGGUGAUUAUGGCGGGGACGGUCAUGCUGGCAUAUUACUUCGAGUACACCGACACGUUCAACGUGCAUGUCCAAGGAUUUUUCUGCUAUGACAGUGCCUACACGAAGCCUUACCUCGGACCCGAGGAGUCGAGCGCUAUUCCGCCUGUCCUUCUCUACGCGGUGGUGGCAGGUGUUCCGACUCUUGUGAUAACGGUCACAGAGACGGUGCUGUUCCUGAUGCAGUACACAUCCAAAGAGCUGGACAGCCGGGAGAAGAACAUUGUGACGGGAGACUGCUGUUACCUUAACCCUCUGGUCCGCAGGACUUUCCGCUUCUUGGGUGUGUAUGCCUUCGGCCUCUUCACCACGGACAUCUUUGUGAACGCGGGUCAGGUGGUGACGGGCAACCUGGCGCCGCACUUCCUGACGGUGUGCAAGCCCAACUACACGGCCCUGGGCUGCCAGCAGGCGCUGCGCUACAUCAGCCACCAGGAGGCGUGCACGGGCAACGAGGACGACAUCCUGCGCGCCCGCAAGACCUUCCCCUCCAAAGAGGCGGCGCUCAGCGUCUACGCCGCGCUUUACCUCGCCAUGUACAUCACAUGCACAGUGAAAGCCAAAGGCACCAGGUUGGCCAAGCCGGUCAUGUCCCUGGGUCUCAUGUGCCUGGCCUUCCUGACGGGCAUCAACAGGGUGGCAGAGUACCGCAACCACUGGUCGGACGUCAUCGCCGGGUUCAUCAUCGGUGUGGCCAUUGCUACCUUUCUGGUGGUGUGUGUGGUGCACAACUUCCAGGGCAAGCUGCUGCUGAGCGAGGAGCCGGCGCCGGACCCCAUGGGCAGCGCGCCUAUGAUGAGCAUGCCGCGCGUGGAGAGCCCUCUGGAGAAGUACAUCGCCUCCCAGUUUCCGAUCUGGCCUGCUGACAGGGGUUAUAUGGCAGUUGAGCAAGACUAUCAAGAAUCACAUCGCCUUCGCUGAAGUCACAUGACCUUGAGUCGGCCGUGUGGCAGACCCAUUGGACCUCCACGCUCUUCACCGUCCAGUCCUCAUAGUCCUGGUGCAGCAUUGGCUUUCCUGCGCUUCUCUCUCUCUCUCUCUCCCUCUUUUUCUUUCUCUAACUAUCCCUCUCUCCAUCCUUACAGAUGGUAUGCGUGUGUAAUCCUUAGAUAUGUGUUUGUUCACAGACUGUGUUUACAAAGACGACAAAACAAAAUGAAAAAAAAAAAAUGUAAGAAAAAGAAAAAUGGCUGACCGGGUCUACUCUCGGCCUCCACGCUAUCUACACAUGCUGUAUGAUUAGGUUUUUUUGUGGACUUUAAACUUGGUCAUCUGUUACACCAAGAGAUGUUUAGUCCAUCAUAAAACACAGCUUCUUGUCUGCGAACAGCUCUCUUUAACGCUGAGCAAGAAAAUGUGAAUGGAUCUGAAUGGCAAAUCAGUAUUAAUCUUGCAUAUCUGUCACAUUCCUUCUGCCCCAUCCAGCUGUUUCUGUUUUCAUGUUGGACGUUGGAGUGCAUUUCAAUUUGAAAUGGAAAAAUGUUUUUAUUUUUAUGUACAUAUUGUGCUUGACUUUUUGUUUCUUAAAGAUCUGUCUAUAAAUACAGUAUAUUACAAAUGCAAAGCUUUUAAAGCUAACGGUCGUGAAUCUGAUAAAAAAAAAAAGAAUCCCUUGAUGAAAUGGACGGAUGCGUGUGUGGUUUGACGAGGCAGGCACACCAAGCCUAUUGUGUGUGUGUGUGUGUGUGUGUGUGUGUGUGUGUGUGUGUGUGUAUGUGUGUGUGACAUUGAUGUGAGCUGGGCCAUUGGCUCCUGACUCCUGCUUUGGCUGAUAGAACCAAGGCACAAAGCACAGUAAACAACCACAUGCGGCACGCUCAAAGUCUCCGAAGCCGGCCAAUCAGAGUGGAGACCACUGUCCUUGUGCCCCCUUGCUGUGUGUGUCCGUCUCGUGGAAGAACCAUGAAGGAUGGAUCAGCUGUACAGACAAUCACCAGCUCUCCUCUUCCCCCCCGUCUCUUUCUGUCCCACUUUCUCUUGUCCUCCCCCCCUCUCUCUCUCUUUUUCUCUCUCUCUCUCUCUCUUCUUUCUGUCUCUCUCUCUCUCCCCCAGAGGAGAAUUGGGGUAUUUCCUCUUGUGUAUUUGUGCAGGUUCAGUGUGUGUCAGUGAUGCAGGGAAUCAAGGCAAGGUCUUACAAGAAGUCCCCUCCUCGUUAGGCUAACAUCAGUAUAACCAAAAACAAAAGUGUGUUGUAAUGUCAUUUUGAUGACUCACAGGCCAAAAUUGAGAUUUAUUCCUUGUUGAAGAUCGCACACCGUGUCUGUAACAGUUUUGUUUUAUUUGGAUUUUACUUGACAGGCAACAAAGUUAAAAUGGCUGUUAAACGUGUAGAUUAAGACUGAACUGGAUGUUGAGAUGUUUAACACGUCCUCCCUGUUUUUUGUGGUAUCAAACUGACAUACCUCAGGUCAUAGGAAGGAAAACACUAAAAAGAAUCCAUUUUAAAUCAUCAAAGACAAAUUGGGUGUACCACAAUUUGUCAUUAGACGACAUUGUGAAGAUCCGUGAAAUGGUUUCAAAUUCAUAUGAUGUGGUUCAUCAGCUUUGUAUAUAAGCUAGUCCUAAAUUGCCGUGUCCAAUCAAAAAUUGAAGGGGAAAAAAAUUGGUGCAAUUUGCUGUUGUACAAAGUACAUAUAAUGAAAUCAUAGAUGUGGUCAGUUCUCUUGAAGAGCAAUAAAUCCUUUGCGAGACAAAUAUACAAAAAGAAGAAAAAACAAAGCAAAAUGAAGAAGAGCGGUCUGAUGAGCCUCUCCUCUCCCAUGCUCCCCAUUCUCUUGGUCCCUAAAUGGUAUAUUUUUGUAGUUUUUUCCCGCUGAGUGCACUUCACACUGAGGUCAUUAUCACACUCUGUUCUCAUAGGCAGCAACACUUAAGAUCCAGCUAUUGUAUCAACAGCAAACAAAACAAAACAACACAGCAAAAACAAACAACCAUCUGCAAAUCUGCUGCUUCAAGAAGUGCUUAUCAGCAAGAUUCAGAUUCGCCACAAAUUUGCAUCACGUGUUAUUGCACCUCCUACAGUACUUGUAACAGUAUUAUAUUCAAAUAACUAAGACGUGUAUAGUGUAUGGAUUGCACAUAUUGAUAUUAUUUAUUUUGGAUCCUCAUUGUCCAUUCACUACACUGGUGCAUUGUUGGUGUAUGUGUAUACAUAUAUGUGUGUGUGUGUGUGUGUGUGUGUGUGUGUGUGUGUGUGUGUGUGAGUUUGUGUUGCUAUGAGCCUAACAGUGUCACCAUCCUGUUUUUUUGUCUCAUGGAUUGCAUUGUGUUACUGUUCAGAACCGAUGAUUAUUUAUUUUUAAAUGGGUUUCUCGAUCGUAUUUAUGUAAAAAGUAUAUAAUUCAUUGGCACUUAUACAUGCUUCAUCUUUCGAAUCAUUUUUAUUACAACUUGGUACAGAAAUGUUGAGUUGUGAUAUUAAAUCUGUUAGCCUUUUGAUCUUGAUUUUUUUCUAAUCUGUUAUUUCUACUUAAUUUUCUUAAUUUCCUGCUGUGGUUGUUAUUGUAGCUCUUUUAAUGGUUCUAUACUCUAUAUCUAUAUUUUUUGUAUGGGUAUUGGUUGUCUGGUUACUCCCUGUCUCCAUGUGGUGCGAUUAAGUUUACUCUUUUUUUAAAAGAAAAAAAUAAAUAAAAGAACAACUUCAGUCAUCAACCCCAUGACCUUUUACACUGUAGAGGAAACUACAUUUUC